UACUCUCUACCUGUCGUAGAGGCUCAGCAUUUGCGACUACUCAGCAUAUUAUCGCAACAUCUACUCGAACGGGGAAGUUUGAUCGUCCACUCGCACAAUGUCUCGCGCCCGCGAAGACGACCUUGCCUAUGGUGAACUUCCACAGCGCUGGGAUCGUGCGCGCUUCGAACGUUUUGGUCGUGACGGAGGAGGCGGAGGAGGUAGAUACGAGGAAGACAUUCGUGUGGUCGAGCGCGACCGGCCAGGCAGGACAGAGAUUCUCAUUGCGGAACGCGAGCGCAGCAGACCUCCCGCUGGCGGAAAAUAUGAAGAGCGUGAUCGAUUUUACGAGGAUGAAAAGUACACUUCUCGGCCCAGGCGACGAACGGAUCGCGAGCUCUUUGGUGACAUCGAUCCGAGAGAGCUCGUCUCGGGGGCCAUGACCACAUAUCGCAAGCCUCGGGACGAACUCGAUAUCGAGCGACGCCGGGAUUUCUCGCGCCCGGGGCUUCUUCGUCGACAGAGCAGCCUGGACACUUUUGACCGUAGGUCGACUCGAUACGAGCGCGACGAAUAUCGAGUCCCUCCGUACGUUCCAGUCCCUCUACCGAUACGCCGACGCGAUGACGAUGACUAUCGGGAGGUCGAGAUUCGACGAGAGCGAUCCGUACACCGCCGCGAAAAGUCAAAGAAAGAGGAGACCAGAUCUCGGCGAGACUCAACGAGCAGCUCAAGCUCCAGUUCCAGUUCUGACAGGGCCACGACUGUCAUCUCCAAGACCUCCCGGAAAUCGAAGGCCAAGAGCAGCAAGGCUCCCAGUGUCCACGAAGAGACCCGCGCACCUACAGUCAUUUCCAAAGCCAGGAGCCGUGCAGGGAGCGUCCGUGAGAGCAUUCAUCUCGAGACGGAGAUCCGUGCGCCUAGUGUGCGUGAAACUGCGAUCAUUGAGGAGAGCGUGCGCGAGGAGCGACAGUUCAAAAAGGGAAAGACCCGCAUGCCUAAGCGUAUGGUUGCAGUCGAGGCCAUUUUGGAUCUUGGAUAUGCUUUCGACGAAGAAGAUAAUUUCUUCGUCCUACGUGUGGCCUUGGAGAAGGAGCAGAUUGACGAGGUCAUCCGGGUCAGUGAGGUGUACCGUAACGGAGAGAAGCAUCGCUACAAUAACGAGGACAAAAGAUCUCACGCUCCCACACCAGCGCCGAUGCCUCCACCACCUAUGGGAGAUCGCGAUCGAUCACGAACUCGCGAGGAGAUUACCCGUACAGAAUGGAUUAACCCACCCACUGUCAUUGCUGAGCGUCUAGUCGACGAUCGGCGAUCAAGGCGAGCCCUCUCGCCUGGUAUUAAUAGCAGCAUCUCGAGACAGAUAUCCCGCUCGAGAUCUCAGGCGCCAACCUACUACGACGAGACCCAAAUUCGAAUUGAAGAAGUCUCUCCAUCGCGAGGUCACCGUGACGAGACCAACAUUCGCAUUCAAGAAGUCUCUCCCUCGAGAGGUCGUCGGGAGCACCAUCACUCUGGCGCCAUCCUCGAAGUCCGCGAGCCAUCUCGCCACCAUCGUCAUCGAAGCAGCGGCGGCGGCGAACUCAUCCUCGCCGAGAGAAAUAAUUUCCGCUCCGACCGCGACAUUGAUGCGGAGAUCCGCCAACUCGAACUCGAGCGGAAAGCACUCAUCGUCGAGCGUCAACCUGAAGAUAAGCUCGCACUCGCGGUUCGUCGUCGGAGAGCCAGUGCAGGUGAAGAGGAUCUCAAGGCUAUUGAGUGGUUUGGACGUGUGAGACCUGUCCGAGAGGUGGUGGCGCUGGGGGGUUUAGAGGACCAGAGUCCUAGGACGCAAAUCAGGAUUGAGAGGGAUCGAAAAGGUAGGAUGGCGCUAGUUCGGCAUGCUCGUUGAUUUUGAUGAAGUUUGUUUGCUUGUGACGUGUGUUCCCGGAGUCCUGGAGACGCUGCUUUUACAAGUCGAACUAUUUCACCCUUCCAGCAGCAUGCUGAUCGUCCUG